AUGCUUGCGGGUUUUCCGGGCUUCGACCACCAUGCUGUUUCCUUUCCUACUGGGCCUUCCGUCAGCGGCGUUGAGCACACUGUCAGCCGCCAAUGUUCUUUGGCAGUACGUAUGGCCCUGCGCAACUUUGUGCCACAGCCUCCUGGGCUCGGUUCCCUGUGGCACGUCAGCCGGCAUUACCUUAAGAUGACGCAGUUAGCAUUCUCUAAUGCUGCCAGUCUGUGUAUUAGUCCAAACCUGCCCAAGGACUUUAACCGCGGCUUCGUGGAAUAUGAUCCAACAACUAUCUUCCACUGCAGAGCUAACAAUCGGAUCGCGGACAACAAUAUUGUAUAUGCCUUCGCUAUGGUAGAGGGCCAUUACUAUAUUCGAAGGUGGACCUGCGACAUUUGUGCCAAAGGCUUUUCCCAAAAGCCAGCCCUGCAAACGCACAUCGAUUCUGUCCAUAAGCUCGGUCUUCCUCUCUACUGGAUGAUUUCGCUAAAGAACCUCAGUGAUGAUAAUUCUGCUGUGCUUUUUAAUUUAUGA